GUGGUGGGUAACCUAUCCUGCUCUGGUCUGGGCUGGGACUCUGUGUUCCUACACUGGGAGCCUCCAGCCAACCCCAAUGGACGCAUCCUGUACUACCAGGUCCAGGUGGACAGACACUCAGACUCACAGUCAUACAUACACCAGGCUGACACAAACCAGUAUACGGUCAGUGGGCUGGCGCCGGARGCAGAAUUCACACUCACCGUAACGGCUGUCAACUCUGCCGGCCCAGGAGACCAGGUCAACUGUACUGCCUACACACACCCRGAGUCAGUUCCUGGUGUCCCUCGAUUCCUGAGUGUGUCAGAGACCACGUCCACCAGCGUGACGCUCCAAUGGGCUGCUCCCCUCUCUGCUCUGGGCAUGCUCACUGAGUACCGCAUCACCGUGCAGCUGCUGUCACCUGACUGCCUGUCCAACACACCCCUUUCUGAAGCCACACACCUCCCAGAGCCGAGCCCUUCCCUGGCUCCAGGCUGUGUGGAUCAGGAGGUGUUGGUGUCAGUGAAUGGUUCUGAUGGUGGUGAGGGCAACAGGAGCAUCACUCUCCAGUCUCUGGCCAAGUACCGCCUCUACCGCUUCAGAAUCACAGCUCUUACUAAUGCUGGGCCAGGAGAACACACACCCUGGAGAUACACACACACACUGGCUGGGAACCCUGAUGCCCCUCCCAGCAACCUCUCAAUGACCAUGUCCUCCAACGGCCUCCGUAUCGAAUGGCAACUCCCAGAUGUGAUUACCGGCCCCACUUCCUACCUCAUAGACGUAAUCUCUCUGGAUAGCGAGGGGUUAAACCAGUCUGUAGUGCGCGGCCCAGAGGAGCUGAGGACCGUAGUUGUGUCGAACCUGACUGCGUUCACUCGCUACUCUGUGACCGUGACCGCCUUCACUGGACGACUGGAGAACGCACGGCGGGACGGACAAGCCACUGAGCCCACUGUCAUCAGAACAAUGGAGGAGGAGCCCAGGGAUCCUCCUAAGAACGUGACCCUCCAGGUAAUUCCAGAGGAAGUGACCCGUGUGUUUGUGACCUUUGCCCCCCCGGAGGAGCCUAAUGGGAACAUCAGUUCCUAUACGGUGCUGGUCUACCGCCAGGGCCAGCUAGAGAUGACCAUCAACCGCCUCACCGUGGUCCAAAACGAGAACCGCACCCUGACCGCAGUCAUCGACGGGCUGAAGGGAGGCUACAACUAUAGUAUACGGAUUGCAGCGGUAAACGGAGCAGGUUUAAGCCCCCCCAGCUCAGAGGUUCAGAUCACUACAGGGAUCAAAGCUCCUGCCAAGCCCACCCAGAGACCCCAGGUGGUGCUGGACCGAGGAGGAGUUGCCAUGGUAACCUCCAGGAGCAUUAUUGUUCGCAUGCCAGCCUGUUUCUACAGCAAUGACAACGGACCAAUCAGCAGCAUCCAGGUCAUCAUGUCCGAAUCUGGGGUGAUGGACAGCAUGAACCUGACCAACUGGAAGACAGCAUUUCUCUCUCGUUCCGCCCCCUACCUAACAGACAAUGGCUUCCCCAACCCACUCUGCGUGAGGGACCGUAUGAGCAGGGACACACAAACCAGCAGACUCACUUUCUCACGCAUUAYACACAGCAUUGUGAGGGACAGGGUUCUGGAACAUAGAGACUCAGGGGGGGAGCGCAUAGACCACCAGGAUGAUCAUUAUGUCAUCGGAGAGAAGGACAACUGUCUGACUGAAGAGUACAGUAACACACUCUGUAACGGACCCCUCAAACCAAACACUGUCUACGUGUUUAAGUUCCGAGCCACCAACAUCCGGGGCCAGUACACAGACUCUGACUACUCUGAGCAUAUCAGAACAGCAGUGGAUGGGUUGUUGACCAGAGAUGAACAGAUCAUUCUGGGAGUUCUCCUCUCCUUCUUCCUGGCCCUGCUGCUCAUCCUCAUCAUCUACGCUUCUGUCAGGAUCCGUCAGCGUCAGAAGGAGGGUGGAACCUACUCUCCCCGGGAGGCGGAGAUUAUAGAGACCAAGUUUAAACUGGAUCAACUGAUUGCUGUGGCUGACCUGGAGCUGAAGGAAGAGAAACUACACAGGUAUUCCUCCUUCUUCUUUAGACGGAAGGAGAUAUUUGUCAUCCAACUUCUCAGCUACAGAAAGUCUCUCAAGCCGGUCAAUAAGAAGUCUUUUCUGCAGCAUGUAGAGGAUCUGUGUGCCAACGAGAACGCCAAGUUCCAGGAAGAGUUCGCAGAGCUACCCAAACUGCUGCACGACCUGGCUACAUCAGACGCUGACCUUCCCUGGAACAGAUCCACGAACCGCUUCACUAACAUCAAACCCUACAACAACAACCGUGUUAAGCUGCUGUCUGAACCUGGCUUGCCUGGAUCUGACUACAUCAACGCUAGCUUCAUCUCAGGCUAUCUGUGUCCCAGUGAGUUCAUAGCGACCCAGGGUCCUCUCCCCGGUACUGUGGCUGACUUCUGGAGGAUGAUCUGGGAGACUCGCACACAAACCAUUGCUAUGCUCACACAGUGCUAUGAGAAAGGAAGGAUCCGGUGUCACCAGUACUGGCCAGAAGAUAAUAAGCCGGUGACAGUAUUUGGGGACAUCAUCAUCACCAAGUUGACAGAGGACGUCUAUCCUGACUGGACCGUCAGAGCUCUCAAAGUGGAGAGGCAUGGGGACUACAUGGUGGUUCACCACUUCAACUACACCUCCUGGCCAGAGCAUGGCGUACCAGAGUCCAGCACCACACUCAUACAGUUUGUUAGAGCCAUCAGAGCCAACAGGCAUGAGAACACCACUAUAGUGGUGCACUGCAGUGCUGGUGUAGGCAGGACAGGAGUGUUUAUAGCGCUGGACCACCUAAUUCAACAUGUCAGUGAUCACGACUUUGUGGACAUCUACGGUCUGGUGGCUGAACUACGCAGUGAGAGGAUGUGUAUGGUGCAGAACCUGGCCCAGUAUAUGUUCCUACACCAGAGUACUCUGGACCUGCUGAACAGUAAAGGAAACAGCCAGUCCAUCUGGUUUGUUAACUACUCUGCUCUGGAGAAGAUGGACUCACUGGACGCUAUGGAGGGUGAUGUUGAACUGGAAUGGGAGGAGACUACGAUGUAAAGGCUGAGAACUUCUCAGUCAACUUCACACCUAUUCCUUAGUCAUGGGGCCAAAUCCUGGACAUACUGACUGUUUGUCAGAUGGAUUGGUCCACCAGAGAUAGAGGGAGAGAAAUAGAGAGGGAGGGAGAGAAAGAGAGAGGGAGGGAGAGAAAGAGAGAGGGAGGGAGAGAAAGAGAGAGGGAGGGAGAGAGGAAGGAGAGAAGUUGCCCUUUUCUUGCAAGAGAGUCAAAACCACCCAACAGAAACUUGGUGGUUCCCUGGCCUGAAUCAACACCCCAUUGCAGCCCUCUUGGAGCGCUGCAUCUUUUCUAUGUCCACAGGCAGAACAGAAAGAGUGGGAGAGACAUGUGUAUAUAUAGUAGGGCUGUCAGAGUUAACCAGUUAACUCAAGUUCACUUUGUCAUUUUAGUGCACUAUUUAUUUUGUUAUCGCGUUUAAUCACGCCUGAAAGUGUUCAAAAUAGACUGAAAACAUCCAAAAUACAUCAUGCAUACAGCUAAAAACCACAAUGGAUGUCCAAGCAAGUUGACAUUGAGGUUAAAGAAUGUGUGUUUUAUCAAUUUACCUGAUUUUAAUUAUUGUUACUUUGGACAAAAUCAAGACGUCAAUAUUCUUGUAAUGCUUUUUGUAUGAAUAAUCUUAAAUUACAGCCCAAUUUUAGCAAUGCCGAUUAAUCACAGCAAAUCCUGCGAUUUAACGCGAUUACAUUUUUUUUCUUCAUUUGACAGCCCUAAUAUAUAGGCUAUAUAUAUCACACAUGUAAGUAUACAGGUAUCUUGCACUAGUCAUACCACUGUGUAUUUUAUUAUAUUCUUGUAUCAUGUUUUUGUACAUUUAAGUUGUUCAGCCAAAUAGUGUUGUCACUGUGUUCGUAUGUUUGUGUCACUGUGUUACUAUGUUUAUAUCACGUGUUACUAUGUUACUAUCAUUGUGUUUGGGGGAUAAUAUAUUCGUGGGGUGUUAUGGUUUAUUUUAUGUAUUUUCUCUGAGUGUUCUACAUCUGUGUUUUGGACAAGUAAAAUCAACUCCCCUAC